AUGGCCUAUUUACGUCGUAAGCCUGAAGAUGAAGUUUGGUAUAUACAUACUCCGUUGAAAAACGAAAAACGUGAAAUUGUUACUGCGCCUCCACCGUCCCAAAUUCCCUAUUUAAAUGGUGUAAUGGAUGAUGAUAUAGAAGUGAAUAAACAAAAACCAAUUUAUGUAAAAGAUACCGAUUCAGAAUACAUUCGUCUGUGUAAAUUAGGUGGCAGACAUGACCUACUUGUCCACCGUGAUCCAUCGUUAAAAAAAUCGAGAGAGCCAGUUGGAUAUCCGCGUCCGGAUUGGUGGGACGCAAUGUGUGUCCCAUAUAUUGAUCCGAUUCAAGAAACUAAAAAAACAACGGAUCAUGUGUUUGGUGCUCCAGAUUGGAUGGUUCAUGAAGAGCAUCAGAAUAACCACCAACCACAACAUCAGCAGCAACAGAUCCAACAAUCACAAUAUCAGCAACAACAACCACAACAUCUGCAGCAACAAACCCAACAAAAAUCAUCCAGCACUGGUGGAAACAAAAGUGCGACGCCAAAUUCAAGAGCAGUAUCAUCGAAAAAAAAGUAA